UAUCAUGCGUUUCAUGGUGUCUAAGAGGAAGUUUAAGGAGAGUCUUCGUCCCUAUGAUGUCAUGGAUGUGAUUGAACAGUAUUCAGCCGGACACCUGGACAUGCUCGCCCGCAUCAAGAACCUCCAGUCCAGGGUGGACCAGAUCGUUGGCAGAGGAACUCCAAUUGCAGACAAGGACCGUCCCAAAGCAGCCAGUGAAGAGCUUCCUGAGGACCCGAGCAUGAUGGGACGGUUGGGGAAGGUGGAGAAGCAGGUCCUGUCCAUGGAGAGGAAGUUAGACUUCCUGGUUAACAUCUACAUCCAGCGAAUGGGAAUCCCUCAGGCUGAAACUGACGCUUACUUCGGAUCCAAGGAGCCGGAACCGGCCCCACCCUACCACAGUCCAGUGGAUCAACUGGAGAAGAGCCAGUCCAUCUCCAAGAUCCUGCAGGUGUUGCCUGGUGACCACGUUGAGAAGAGUCGCUUGGUGACGAAGAUGGUCCGCUCCAGCAGCUCCACUGGCCACAGGAACGACAACACCCCCACCUGUCCUCCCUCUACUUCCUGGCAGCCAAUCAGCUCCCAGCUCCACCAGCAGGCGCAGCCCCCUCCCCAGCGUAGCCACGGCAACACUCCAAGUCCAGUGGGAGAUGGGUCUCUGGUACGACUCCCACCUCCUCCGGCUGGAGAGAGACAUGGUGGGAACCGUUCAAACCGGCACAGCACCGGAGACCGAGGGGGGAUGGAGAGGGGAAGAGAGGGGGCCAACGGAACGGAACCAGGAGCAGGAGGAGGAGGGGAGGAGGUGAAGCCGGACAGUGACACCUCCAUCUCCAUUCCAUCUGUGGACCAUGAGGAGCUGGAGCGCUCCUUCAGUGGAUUCUCCAUCUCGCAGUCCAGAGAGAAUCUGGAUUUCCUCAACAGCAGCUUCUACCAAUCCUCUGCCAAUCCAGACCACCAAGGAGAAAGAGGAGGAGGAGGAGGAGGUGGCGGCGAUGCCCGCUGCGCUGCCGUCCGGCCCUACAUCGCAGAGGGGGAGUCGGACUCUGAUUCUGAGCUUUGUGCCCCCUCGCCACACUCGGACCGGGCCUGGACCGGAACCAAGUAGAGUCAAAGGUGAACUAGAGCCAAAACCAGCAAAAAUAAUGAAAUGUGAAACAAAAAUAACGGAUGGAGGUCUACAGUGAAGCAUCAUGGGAGCUGUGAACAGUACUGGGUGUUUGAUGUCAUUAUGAUGUCAUAAAUUGGACAUUUUAUUCAUGUGAAUGUUUUAACUUGUACAGCAAAUGAUUGGUUCACUGCUGGGACAUGCUCAUACCUGAUUGGUUUACUGCUGGGACACGCUCACACCUGAUUGAUUCACUGCUGGGACACGCUCACAUCUGAUUGGUUUACUGCUGUGACACGCUCACACCUGAUUGGUUGCUUGAUCCAUGUUUAAGACUUGUAAACACUAUUACCACAACCACAGCUCACUGUUAAACGUCUUCAUUACAUUUUAAAACAAGACACAAAGCAUCAUGGGAACAACACGUAUGACAGACUGACACGUCACCAUGGCAAUAGACUGUUGUUGUUUAUUUGAGCUUUCAGCUGACAUCAGGUAGGAUCGAAGGUAAAAAAUGGAAAGCAUCCAUUGUUUGUUCUGGCCGCUACAGGCCAAAAGCUGGAACUACAUUGACUGAUCGAAAGGUUGUGAUAAUUUUACAAAAACACGAUUCCUAAAAAAUGUGAAUGUACACAAAAAGCAAACAUCUACAAACUGUUUAUUUAGAUUAUUUAUAGUUGAAUAUGUCUAUGUACAGUCAUCAAUAACAAUUGAAAAUGUGAUUUGAAGGUUACAGACACCAAAUAUAUGAAUUCCACUGAGUCAAAAUCUGAGAUGGAAGUUAGUUUACGUGCACAUUCAGCCCUUACUCUGAAAAAGACAAUAAUCCUCCUACCCACACUGAAUAAUGGAAAGAAAUAUUCACUAAUAUUUCCUGUUUACUCUAAAAGUGAACAGCUGGAGCUCAUUCAGACAUUUUGUCUCUUUGCGUCAGAAAGGGUUUUUUCUAGUUUUCCAGUGGUAGUGAACUCAGCCUCCCUCUUUCACCUUCUUGAAAACCUGUUAGUCUUUAUAAUGUUGAACAGCAGAAAUGUGGGCUUUUAUUUUGUCUUACCAAAAUAAGAGCCUCUUUUACUGCAUGUACAAGUACCUCAUCCCUGAACUACACACAAUAAAAUACACAAUAUAUACACGACCAAUGAGGUGACAAUUAAGACAACAGCUGUUGUCCCAGUGCCAGAAAUGAGCCAGUACUCACAAGUCAUGAGUACCCUUUCCACCUCUGGUGACCCACUCCCACCACUGAGGUGCAGACCUCAGUAACUGUUCCAGAGGUACACAAUAAAAGUCAGGAAAUGAUUAGGGUUAGGGUUAGACCUCACUGACGCUGGUGAGGUCCUAAAACAAAACAGCACUCAUUAAAAUGGAUAAAAGGAAAUUGUUGUUGUUCAGGUUCAGUGUUGAGCUGGGAUCGUACUGUCGGAGUUACUGCACGUUCAAUAAUAAUAAUUAAUUUGGCAUACAAUUAUUAUAUGCAUUAAAUUAAUGAUACCACGCUAACAGAGACUCUUAGGUGUGAAAAGUUAAAUACUCAAGUAAAGUACAGAUUAGCAACGUCCCGAUUCGAUCUCAACGAUUGGUAUCGACACAAAUCAAGAAAUUUUUUUAACUGAUUGGUAUCAGCUAUGCUGAGCUUAAUUGACCCGAUCUUUUGUUUACGUCUUUUACUCAUUUAUGGUGCAGCCAUCAUCAACUUCCUGCUGUUUCUUUCCUCCACUCUGCUCUGUGUGAGUGAGCAGAAGAGACUUGACACAACCACUCGACACGCACCUGCAACAAGUCCCACAAAUAAAAAGCCAAUAAGAGUAAUUAUGAAUGUGAUCCGCACAAAAGAUGUAGAGACAAUGGAAAUAAACAGUCAGCAGAAUACAGACGGUUAAAUGAAUAACACUGAAGCAACAAACACUGGAGAGAGAAACUCUUGUUUGUCAAACAUAUACAAUGGAUUGAUUUUAGUAGCUUUAAUGUACUUGAAGUGUGCACUGUAGGCUAUGACCUAAAAAAAUAAUAGUAUGUGAUUGGGACUUGGUAUCGGCAGAUACUCAAUAUUAAAUUAAAUAUUAGUUUGAAAGUAUUUGUACUACUGACUUCCCUCUGCUGGUUAUAUGUGAGAACUCGUGAAGGAAUAACUGAUGAGAUUCAGAACAUGAACACAGCACGCCAUGGUGUCAUAACAUUAGUAUGUAUAUACAAUGUAAUCAAUUAAUAUUCAAUAAUAAAUCCCAACAGUUAAAAUUAUUGAUCUGUUCAGCAGGGGGCAGCCUCGCCUAAGGAGACCAAAAUAAAGCAACCGUACCAAAAUAAGAGCCUCUUUAACUGCUUGUACUUACGAGGUUUCAG